ACAGGAAGUAUUUGUCCCUCUCUCCUUCGAAGCAGUGAUCCUUUACGGCGGUGCUGUGUCUGUGUUCACGUGAACCUGUUGGGGAAAAGUGGAAAAAUGGACGAUACAGCGACACUUUUCAUUUCCAUCGGGCUUAGUGAGCAGAAAGUGAAAGAAACCCUGAAAAAUGCAGCGUUGACUGCCACCCUGAAGAGCGCAAUCGUUCAGGCUCGCAAUGUCAGUGGAGCAACAGAAGUGGACAAAGUAACGGGUACAUUGUUGUACAGUCUGGCCUCUCGCCUCAAAGAUUCAAAACGUCUGGCAUUCCUUGCAGAAAACAUAGCUCAGCGCAAAAUAAGCACCGAGCAACAGCUUGCAGCUGCUUUGGACUUUGUAAAGAAUCACCUGCAGGAUCCCCUUAACGAAAGUGAUUUUAAUGAAGCCUGCGGAGUAGGUGUGGUCAUAACACCAGAGCAGAUUGAAGAUGCCGUGGAGUCUGUGAUCAAGAAGCACAAAGAACAGCUUGAAAAGGAGAGGUACCACUUCAACAUGGGCCUGCUAAUGGGAGAUGUGCGCUCUGCUCUAAAAUGGGCUGAUGGGAAAGUUCUAAAAAAUGAGGUGGACAUGCAGGUCCUGCACCUCUUAGGACCCAAGACAGAGGCUGACCUAGAGAAGAAAUCUAAGCCCCAGAAGAAUAAAGCUGAGAAUGAAGUGAAGAUGAAAAAAGAGGAGGUGGUACUGAAUGGUGAGGCCACAGCUGUGGAGGGAAAGUCACUAUUGGAGCAGCUCAGAGGAGAAGCCCUGAAGUUCCACAAACCAGGAGAGAACUAUAAAACUGAGGGAUAUGUGGUUACACCAAACACUAUGAACUUGCUCAAAAAGCACAUGGAGCGCUUUGGUGGACAGAUGCGUACCCGUUUCCCUCCUGAGCCCAACGGUAUCCUUCACAUUGGACACGCCAAAGCCAUUAACUUUAAUUUUGGUUAUGCAAAGGCAAACAAUGGAAUAUGUUUCUUGAGAUAUGAUGACACAAAUCCAGAGAAGGAGGAAGAAAAAUACUUCACUGCCAUCAAGGACAUGGUGGAGUGGCUUGGCUACACGCCGUAUGCAGUUACGCAUGCUUCAGACAACUUUCAGCAACUGUACGAUCUUGCACUGGAUCUUAUUCGCAGGGGUCAUGCAUAUGUGUGCCACCAGAAGGGGGAGGAACUGAAGGGCCACAAUACCCCUCCGUCACCAUGGAGAGACCGUCCAAUUGAAGAAUCGCUGGUUUUGUUCAAGAGGAUGAAAAAGGGGAUGUUUGCUGAGGGAGAGAUUACACUCAGGAUGAAGACUGUCAUGGAGGAUGGGAAAUUGGACCCCGUGGCAUACCGAAUCAAAUACACGCCACAUCAUCGAACAGGAGAUGAAUGGUGCAUCUAUCCCACUUAUGACUACACCCACUGUCUGUGUGACUCCAUUGAAAAUAUUACACAUUCACUCUGCACCAAAGAGUUCCAGGCCAGGCGGUCAUCAUAUUACUGGUUAUGUAAUGCUCUGGAUGUGUACUGCCCUGUUCAGUGGGAAUAUGGCCGCCUGAACCUCACCUAUACUGUCGUGUCUAAAAGGAAGAUCAUUAAACUAGUGGAGAAGGGAGUGGUCAGAGACUGGGACGACCCUCGCCUCUUUACUUUGACCGCACUUAGGAGGAGAGGCUUCCCGCCAGAGGCAAUCAACAACUUCUGUGCUCGGGUGGGAGUUACGGUUUCCCAGACGACAACUGAGCCGCAUCUUCUGGAAGCGUGCGUCAGGGAUGUGCUCAAUGAGACAGGCCCACGAGCAAUGGCUGUGCUGGAACCUCUCAAAGUCACCAUAGUAAACCUUCCUGAGGGCUCAAAUUCAGAAGUACGAGUGCCAGACUUCCCUGCUAAUGAGGCCAAGGGCAGCCACACGGUGCCAUUUAAAAGCACCAUAUUCAUCGAACAAAGUGACUUCAGAGAGGUGAUGGAGAAAGGCUACAAGCGUCUGACCCCAGAACAGCCCGUUGGUUUAAGGCAUGCCGGGUAUGUCAUCUCUGUAAAGAAGGUCAUCAAGGAUGCUCAGGGUAAAGUGGUGGAACUGGAGGUGAGCUGUUGCAGCUCUAAUACAGCAGAGAAACCAAAGGCCUUCAUCCACUGGGUCAGCCAGCCACUUGUGUGUGAAGUGCGCAUCUACGAGAGACUAUUCUUACACAAACAUCCUGAGGAUCCAGCUGAGGUGCCCAAUGGCUUCCUGAGUGACAUCAACCCAAAUUCUAUGCAAGUGAUCACCAGUGCCUUAGUUGAUACCUCUGUCAAGGGAGCAAAAGUUCUUGACAAAUUCCAGUUUGAAAGAGUUGGCUACUUCUGCCUGGACCCUGACAGCACUGCAGACAAGCUGGUCUUCAACAGGACAGUUACUCUCAAAGAAGACCCGGGGAAGAUUUAAGUGUGUGAUUGCGAUCAAGCUACGUGACCUGCUUCCCAAGAGCCCACAGAUACAUGCCAAAAUCAUUUGCAUCACAUCAUAGAUAAAGCCAACAACCACAUUUGUUCAUUAAGAUUGAAAUAAAUCACACAAUAUUAGGGAAACCAUGUUCUUCCACAUGCAUCUCAAUUGGAAAAUAUUUUUUUGAAUCUAAUUAUUUCUGCUCUAUUCUCCAAAAUUGUGACUUGAAGUACAUUAGUAUCGGAUCUUUAGUAACACACUUUGUAUUGUCAGUGUGAAAUUACGAGUACCGGUAUUUGUAAUUGCUUAUUGUUACCUCUUUGUUUGCUGCAACGCAUACCGUAAUACAGUACCUGAAUUUUAUACUGUUGUCUCUUGAAUGACAUAGAGGAGAUGCUGUCCACAUACAUGAUGCUAUCACAAAGCAUCAUUUCUUUUAUGUCACAGAGGGUGCUCUCGUGUAUCAGGGAAAAUUUUAAUUUAUUAGAAAAUAGCCAUUUGUGUCUGUUUUUUAAUAACUAACAGAUAUUCUCACAAGCCAUACAUGAACCUAAUGAGAUGCCAUUUUUAAUGUACUGGAAUUUUUAAUAGUCAUCAUAACCCAUCAAGGGGUAAUUCACCUCACUGCUGUGUUUCGAAGAACCCGAUAACACAUGCAGGUGUGUAAGGAGACGUGUCAGAGUGAAAAGUAUGUGCAAACAAACCGUGACCCUGCGGUUCCAAAGCCUGACUCCUUACAGAGCUACUGUAUAUCAAACAUUGUGCUACAAAGAUAAUAUUGUUGUGUCAAUUAACUUAAAUGAUUGUAAUUUAUCCAUUUAAAAAUAUGAAUUUAAUUAUGUGUUGUAUUUGUUGCAAAUUGCAAGAGUAUAUAACUUAUUAAACACCCAUGCAAUCUGAA